UGCCUGGACUUCGGGAUUUUCUCGUUUGAUAUUGUUAUUCAUUGUGAUCUGGUGCAAUGCAAACCAUAAAGUGUGUGGUUGUGGGGGAUGGGGCAGUCGGAAAAACCUGCCUUCUCAUUUCAUACACCACAAAUAAAUUUCCUUCAGAAUAUGUGCCAACAGUGUUUGACAACUAUGCGGUGACCGUGAUGAUCGGGGGAGAGCCCUACACCCUGGGCCUGUUUGAUACCGCGGGUCAGGAGGACUACGACAGGCUACGUCCACUCAGCUACCCUCAGACGGACGUCUUCCUCGUCUGCUUCUCCGUGGUCACCCCGUCCUCCUUCGAGAAUGUCAGGGAAAAGUGGGUUCCGGAGAUCACACAUCACUGUCAGCGCACGCCGUUCCUGCUGGUGGGGACACAGAUUGAUCUGCGCGACGACACGCCCACGGUGGAGAAGCUGGCCAAGAACAAACAGAAGCCCAUCACCGCCGACCACGGGGAGCGUCUGGCCCGCGAGCUCAGGGCGGUCAAGUACGUCGAGUGCUCCGCCCUCAACCAGAGAGGUCUGAAGAACGUGUUUGAUGAGGCUAUCCUGGCAGCGCUAGAACCCCCAGAGCCACCCAAGAAAAAGAAAUGUGUGCUCUUGUAAACUCGGCUCAUUGUUAGAGAAGUCUUCUACAGCUAAUCAGUGCACUUUUAAGAUAAGCUAUUUUUACCAUUAUUCAAUGUUCUGUCAACAUCUAAGACCAAGAAACGGUUUGGAACAAACAUGUAAACACGUACAGAUGUCGUGUGCGUAUAUGUGUGUGAGUGAGUUGGUGCGAAAUGAAGAAGAGAACCUGUGUGUGUGUGUGUGUCCUUUGGUUUGUAUGUGUGCCUGUGAGUCUGCGAUGGUUUUUGCUUGUGAGUGUGUCUGCUGCAGGUGUUGGUGAUAAAAAUGAGUUUGAGUUGAGUGUCGACGUCUUCGAGUUUUCUUCACUUCCUUUGGGGCUGAUAUUUUACUUUUGCGCUGCUUUGACUGUGAGAACUGGAAGCUAAGAGAAGGUUUUUUUUCUUCUUCUGCAAUAUUGAAGGAAAACUUUGUGAGCCUUCUUUUUGUACCUUCCCUGUCAUUAUCGUGAAGUAACUCAAAACAAUCAACUGUAUGCUCGUAGAUGUGCUUUUUCAGAUCGAAGCAACUUUUAUUGUGGAAGGAAGGAAGCAAAAGGAGAAAAGCAAAUGAAUUUGAAAUUGUCCUUUACGGGGGGGGGGGGGGGGGGGGUCAAUUUAAAUUUGCUUUUCAUUAGUAUUCUGAAAUUUCCAGCACUUUUAGGCAAAAGUCCGCUGUGCUUUGGGCCACCAGGAGCACUCACCAUGGAGUUUGCUAGUGCUGAUUGAAUAUUUAUUUUGAUGUGAAGAGAUGGGGGGCUGGUGUAAUGGCUUCCCCUUCCUGCUGUGUUUCUGUCGGCUUUUGUUCCCCAGUCACACACCUGACAGCCUCUCUAUGUGCAGGCACUCCUCUUACCACAGCCCGGGUGUGUGUGUAUGUAUGUGUGUGUAUGUUGCUUUCAAGCACAGACCAGACAAGGAGAGCGUAUUAUUAGAGUGUUGUGUUGGAUGUAGAAAGCGAGCUGCUGUCAUUUGUGUUGUUUUAUAUAUCUCUGAAAAUGGGAUGCUCAUCAAUGUCCCGUUUUGUCUCAGAAAAUCGCG